ACAGCAGGCAGUCAUUCUGCGGAAGUAGAAGACUGUGUGGCAGUAGAGCAUGUGUGGGGAUUAUUUUUGGAGGAAUGGGGGAUCUUUAAUUUAAGCAACAGGGUCAAAUUGUUUGUUCUUCUCAAGAGGUUUCAUCAGCAGCCAUGGCAACCUUUGGCCAGAUCCUCUUCACCAGCAUGAUUACCCUCAUCGUCAUAUUCUCUGCCAUAAUCAUCCUCAUCUUAGCCCUGUCCCUCUCAGGCACCUUGUCCGAGGUGAUAAGCACCAACACGAUGCCCGUUGCCAACCUUGGCGAGGAUCAGCUUCUCAGCUGCUUUCUGAGCACUAAAAGUCAACCAGCCGGACUCACAGACGUGUCAGUCACCUGGGAGAAGAAUGGCCUGACGGGAUUCGUUAACCGCUAUCAGAAUGGAGCUCUGGAUCUUGCCGACCAGAACUCUCAGUUUAAAGGGAGAACUCAGCUCUUCCUUGAUGCUUUGACCACGGGGAACGCCUCUCUGCUCCUGAGGGGAGUGACACGUAGUGAUGAGGGAGAGUACACCUGCAGCAUCAGCUCCUCUGGCGGUGGAGGGAAGGUCAACAUUUACCUCAGAACAGCAGCCUUUACAGCCCCAACAUUUAAAUUCACAAAUGGCACCCUGGCUGCUGAGGCAACCAGGUGGUUCCCUAAACCGAAUGUCACAUGGUCAAACUAUGACAGGCUCAUCCUGCCUGGAAACACGAGCUUCACCUCAAACUCUGCGGGGAUAUUCAGUGUGGUCAGCACGCUGCAGUCAAUCAACGUCAGCGACACCUACACCUACAGGAUAGAAAAUGACCUGGUGACCGGCAUCUCUACGGUAACUGUAGCAGGCACUGAUGUUUCAGGGAACACAUACUUCACCUACAGUGCUGCAUCAUCCCUGCUGACAUCAACUUACCUGAGCAUGACGACCAGUGUCCUCUACAUCUAUUAUGUGACCUAAUAAUACACACACACACACACACACACACACACACACACACACACACACACACACACACACUUUCAAGGUGAAAAUAAU